UUAAGUUCAUGACCAAAAAAGCUAUAUUUAUAUAUGUGAUGUCUGCCAGUCUUUCUCUAUGGAAUCAUAAUUAAGUGUGAAUUUAUAGGUAAGCGUAAUAAAGUGUUUUAAGUGUUUCCCAGCGAGAUAUAUUCAGUUGCUGGCCACUGCAAGGCCAUUGGCCCAACAGUCUCCGCUGCUGGCCCUGGGCGUUAAUACCUUUGACCUGCUGAUCCAGCUGGCGAGGGGGGGGCGUACACCCCUCACUACAGCCUGCAGUCACCCGCCUCACUUGUGCCUUCCUGAAGGAGGCAGGGCAGCCACCAAGCCUGCGGUUGGCUCACAGGAAGCCCCCAGAGCAUAAAAGUGAUGAUGCAGGGGCAUCAUUGCAGCCCUAGAGAGGAAGAGGAACAUGGCUGAAGACUUGGUUAAAAGAUUAGUCAAAUAUAGUGUUGAAACAGAUCUUUAAAGUGUUCACAGCAAUUCGGCUUUCAUUUGUAAACAAAGAGCAGACAGCUAGGAAGAUGACACCAGCAGCGGCAGGCGGAGACAGGCAGUGUGACACCGUAGCCCUCCGCUCUGCCUGACAUGUGCUGUGUGUCACGCAACCAAACUCAAGUGGAACAUGCACUGUUACAUGUACCAGGUUAUCGAACACCCCUAACAAGUGUGGCGCCAUUCGUAAGGUAACAAAACUGCUUGUCUUGAAAGAAAGUCCAGUGACAGAGACAACCUUGGCCAGUGUUGUGUUCGCUUCCUGACAGGGCGGGGAUUGUGACCAGGAAUUUGUCCAGCUUCCUCUUUGCCUUGGAAAGUGCAUUCCUGGCUGAGUGUGGUGCGUGUGCCUGCUACUCGUGUGGUGGUGCUGCUGCUGCGUGAAGCCUCUGCCGUGGGAACCCACCACAAAUAGCUAAUGGAUUCUGUAUGACGGGAUCAGCAGCAGACAGAAUUCCAGUGAUGUAUUAACAUGCCUAGGGACAGCCUUGGGGGCAUCCAUUACUGGCAGAAGCCCGAGUGUGCUGAGUGACGGGGCGGCAUGACCUUGCACCAUCAGAGGGUCAGUGACACAGAUGUACCCGCCCGCCCUCAAGCAGAAGGGAAUCCUUAUUGAGGAUGUGGCAGUCAAGAAGGUGACAGAGAAUGGGUACUCCCUGGAAUUCCAGACCACAAACUGCAAGACUGGAAUGCCCCUCCUUGGGCUCCUGCAGGUGGAAGGUCCUCCAGCAAGCUUUGACACUCAGGUGACAGUCACAUGCUCCUCUCAGACUGCCACGGGUCCCCUCGCUGGCACCUGGGACCUCGGAAUUCAGGGGCAGGUUGUAAAAGACAUUCCAGCAGGUGUUGACCCAAAGGUCCUGGAGGGCAUUCUGGAAAGUGCCCUGGGAACUGAUCUCACAGUCCAGUACUCCGGCUCCUGCAAGAACUACCACUACUACAUUGAGUGGGAGGAAGAUCCCGGCAGAAAGGAGCUGGUGGAGAUACACACAGAUAACCUGAUGUUUGAUGGAACUCUAAAAACCAAGAUCAUUCGUGACUCAGCCGGAGUCCUUUGGCACAGCCCUCUUGAGACAGACUUUGUGACCACUCAUAGGGACUCUCCUCAUGUGACAGUACAAGUGAAUGGUUACUUUGGUGCAUGUCUUGGUGCCUGUGCCUUCACCUACGAUGAUGCCACCACUCCCAUGCUGACUGGCGUCUCCGGCACUGCAGGCGAGGGGCUGCAGCACACCCUCACCCUGAGUGGCACGGCCAUCACUGCCACCCAGCUCACCUGCACUGUAGCACUGUGGGGCGGCUUGCAUUCAGUGGCACUCAGCAUGCAGCCGGCUGGCUCGGCACUGCUCCCCUCCCCCAUCAUCUACAUGGUGCCAGUCACCGUGGUUGCACUCAGCAUCACGGAGGGCAGCACUGGUGGACAGUAUCCUCUCACUGUGACUGGCACUGGCUUCCCAGACAGUGAUGGGUGGGAGGCUGGCAGUGCCAUUAUGACUCUGGGUGGCAAGAAGUGUGUGGUUAUCUCUGGUGGACCCACAAAGGUCACCUGCACAGUGCCUGCUGGUGAGGGCACGGUGGAUGUGGUGGUGGAUGUGGGCGGCACAAGUGGCUCCCUCCCUUCCUCCUUCACUUAUGACGUCUCACUGUCACCCACCAUCAUUGGCCUUUCCCUCCACACCCUCUCCCUCUUUGGUCAAGAGGAACAAACUUUGGCACUUCAGGAUCAGUUCAUAUCGGAUCAGAGCUGUGUUAUACGACUCAUUGGAGUAACAUCAGCGUGAGCUGUCUUACCCCGGCACUGUCGGCUGGCACUCAUACCCUGGUACUCUCCACUGAUGGCUUUGGUGCUGCUGCCAGGGAAGUGGAGUACGUACUGCAGGUGACCUCGGCCUCAGCUACCCAGGGGUCAGUGAAGGGUGGCACGCUGGUCAGGCUGGGCGGCACAGGCUUCAGCUCGGAUUGUUCCCGCCUCAAGGUGAAGCUGGGCCAGGUGUAUGAGUGUGAGGUGCUGCAGUGCUCCGAUGAGGCCCUCACCUGCAUCACCAGGCCCAUCACCACCAACCACAGGAUUGUGAAUGUUGGCACCAGCUCUGAGACUGUACCAUGGUAUCCUCGUGUGCUGGAGGUAGUGGAGGGAGACUCAGUAACCUGGCAGUGGAGUAAGGUGUCUGAGAACUCACAGCUGCAGUACGGAGUGUGUGAGGUGGCCAGCCCUGUGGAUAACUGUGAGGACGCUGAUGGUUCUGGCUUCUUCUCAGGGACACAGACUGCUGCAGCGGCCUGCAGGUGGUGGGCGGCGACUCUCUCACCAUCACUGGAUCAGGCUUUGGUGACCUGGCCUGCCAGGUAGAGGUCAGUGUUGGUGAAGCAUCCUGUAGUGUGACCUCUGCUUCAGACACCUCUGUGACCUGCG